UCCCAGUACGAGGAAACGGCAAGUCUGAAGCUGGCUGCCAUCCCCCAGCCGGCUUGGCCGCUCGCCACAGCGGGCAGAGGCGCCAGGAGGGUGGAAUCCAGCCCGGGAUCCUGCCUGGGCGACGGGACGGCGGAACUUGGGAUUCGGGAGGCAACGGGAGCCCGGGGUGGCCAAGCUGCUGCCCUGCUGUGUAUGAAGCUUGUUUGAAGUCAUGUCCAAAAGGAAAGUCAACUAAAUCAGGCACCGCUGGGAGCUGCCAGGGCUCUCGCACCUCAGGAGGUUUCACAGCUUCUCGCUCAGCCCCUUACACCACGCCGAGUCAGGAGGACUCUUUGGAUGCUGGAUGUGAGUUCCACGGGGAUUGUGCAAGCCUGAAGGAGGAAGAGCUGAGCGUUUUGCAGCCGUAUAGAGAUGCAAUGGAGGUAGAGUCCAGCACGUACACCGACUUUAUUUCCUGCGAUCGGGCUGGUCGGAGGAACGCUGUCCAUGACAUCCAGCGAGAUGCAACCACCAUCAGCAUGCGCAAGCUGACCGAGGACCUAGGUGACCUUGCCGUCGAAGGAGCAGAAAGCCAAAGAGACGCCACUUCUUCUGAGAAUGACCCUGGAGCAAGACCAAAGGGGCAAGAAAACAGCCCCUCCCCAUGACAGCGUGCAGGGGGUGGGAUGGGCAGGAGGAGGGCCUUGCUGUGAACAUUAAACAAGAAUUUGCUGUUGAACCUGCGGACAGAAGGCAACCUGGAACAGCAAGCGGUCUGUCAAAUGCCUCUGCUGCACCCGUUUUUGUUCAGAGAGCCACAAGAUGCUCUGCAAGGACUGGCACCUCCAAAAGACUUCUGCUCCCAUCCCUAACGAUUUAGAGCAACACUGCCGUGGUUGUAGUGAUAUGAGCCAUUCUCGAGAUGCCUUAGCUGCAAUUUUCCCCUCGGGGAAAAAACGAUUUCAGUAAUAAUAGACACAUCAGACUUUCCUGUCUAAGGUACCUUCCUCCUUUGCAAAUUUAGACUAUUAUUUAUUCUGUUUCCAUAGAUUAGAAAUUUAGAUGGAUGGUUUUUCUAAGCCUCACCCUUAUCUGCAUCUUAGACCUGACCUGGCCUCUGGACUGUCCAUGUGACCCCUCGUCACGGUGGGCAGUGGGGAAGGGACCCGGCCAGUCCCACCGCCUUCAUGUCCAGCACCACUCACCUGUGCUGCUGCCGCUUAGCAUCAGGAAAGGACCAAAGCACAGCUCUGUGUGGACGAGCUCCACCUACAGACCCAGCAGCACCAGCCACAGGCAUCUUUUUCUUCGGGUUUUACCGUUUUAAGAUAUUGUUAAGGGGAGGGGAGAAACAUUUUGCUGGUUUGACUGUUGAAAUUCAGGCUUAACUUUGCAAGCUGUUAGCUGAGAUGAUCUCUGGUAGGAUCUCACACCGUUCUCUCUUUUAGGAGACAUGUUUUGUGUUGAAGAUGGUUUGAUAAAACUAUAUAAGCUGUUGGAAUAAAUAACACAGCCUUCAAGUACUGAAGGUGGUUUUUUUUUU